AUGUCCAUCCACGCAGACGACGCCAAGAUGCGCGUCGACGCAACCGCCGAGAGUGCUGAUGAUGCGGCGAGCGUCGCGGCCGGCAGCAGUACGCAAGCAGGUGUCAAGAAUAUCGAAGCCACGACCGUCGCGUGGAGCAAGAACAUUUUGAUCAUUGCCUACGUCCUCAUCUGGCUAACAUACUGCGUCGAGGGCAUGCUGGGGAAUACCACCGCCGCUCUUACACCCUACGUCACGUCGGCCUUUGCGCAGCAUUCACUUACGCCAACAGUCGGCAUCUUGAGUAGUGUCAUUGGCGGCGUGACCAACCUCACGCUUGCCAAGAUUCUCGACGUGUUUGGCCGUCCACAGGGCUACCUCUUCUGUAUCGUACUGGGGACGGUCGGCUUAAUCAUGAUGGCGGCAUGCAACAAUGUCGAGGCCUACGCCGCGGCGCAAGUCUUCCAGACGGUCGGCAACAACGGCAUCCAGUACAGCCUGUCGGUGUUUGUGGCGGACACGUCGACGCUGCAGAACCGAGGCUUCAUGCAGGCCAUUGUCAGCACGCCCAACCUGUUUACAGGCUUCCUGGCCGGACCUAUUGCGUCGGGAUUCGUCAAGGGGCCGGGCUGGAGGUGGGCGUUUGGCAUGUUUACCAUUAUGGUACCGUGCAUCACGCUGCCGCUGUACGGCAUCCUGGUCUCCAACUUCCUCAAGGCCAAGCGCCUGGGCCUCGUCGCCAAAUCCGAAAGUGGCCGAUCGCCGCUGCAGUCAUUCCUGCACUAUUGCCGUGAAUUCGACGCGGUUGGUUUGGUUCUUCUCUCGGCCGGCGUCGCCUUGUUUCUGCUGCCUUUUAACCUCUACACGAUGCAGGCACGGGGCUGGACCUCGCCGCUUGUCCUGAGCAUGCUGAUUAUUGGCUUCUUGCUCAUUGUCGCCUUCGUUGUCUGGGAACGCUUCUUUGCUUCGGUGACACUCAUCCCGUACUCGCUGCUCCUUGACCGCACCGUGUCUGGCGCGUGCAUCUUGUCCUUGGUCUUGUUCCUCAGCUACUCGACCUGGAACGCCUAUUUCUCGUCGUACCUGCAGGUGGUCAAGGGGCUGAGCAUCGACAAUUCGACGUACGUGGUGCAGACAUACUCGGUCGUGUCUGUCAUCUUUGGCGUGGUCGCGGGUGCCAUUAUCCACAAGACGGGCCAGUUCAAGCCUGCGACGCUGUUUGUCGGCGUGCCGCUGAGUGCCUUUGGUCUCGGGCUGAUGAUCCAUUUCCGCGGCGCAGACGGCAACAUUGGGUACAUUGUCAUGUGCCUCAUCUUCAUCGGUAUUGCCGCGGGCACGAUUAUUGUGUGUGACGAGAUUGCCAUGCUGGCAGCGGGUGCUCAUCAAUACGUCGCCGUCUGUCUUGCGGUGCUGGGCAUGUUUAGCAAUAUUGGCGGCGCCAUUGGUUUCACGGUGGCGUCUGCUAUUUGGACAAACACGCUGCCCAACAAGUUGCUCGAGUAUCUACCCGAAGAAGAUCUGCCCAAUCUCGUCAUGAUUUAUGCCGACCUUAACACGCAGCUGUCGUACCCAAUCGGGUCGCCUACUCGAAUGGCAAUUCAGCACGCGUACAGCGAUGCCUUUCUGCGUAUGCUGGCUACUGCCACCGGUGUCUGGGCACUUGGGCUUGUUGCGGUGCUGAUGUGGCGUAACAUUAACGUCAAGGGCAUCAAGCAGGCCAAGGGACAUGUCUGGUAA